GGACCAGGAAGUGUCAGUGGGAAGGAAGAAGCGGUGGCGAAGGCAAAGCCAGGGUAGGAGAUGCGACUGGCGCUGCGACUGGCAGUCGUGGCUUUCCCUAUGGGGGUGCUGCUGUCCAGGACCAUGGCGUGGAUGUCCAGCGGCAAGACGCAUCCAGAGCUCAUCAACAGGCUCAAGGAUCACGGUGUGAUCCGCAGCGACAGAGUGUUUGAUGCCAUGCUGGCCACAGACAGAGGACUCUACUCUCGGGACUAUCCUUAUGCAGACUCCCCUCAGUCCAUAGGUUACAGAGCGACUAUCAGUGCACCACACAUGCACGCUCACGCUUUAGAGCUGUUAAGUGAAAAACUAACAGAAGGGGCGUCAGCUCUGGAUGUGGGAUCAGGAAGUGGAUACCUCACUGCCUGCUUCGCAAGAAUGACAGGACCCAGUGGAAGAGUGGUUGGUAUCGAACACAUAAAUAAACUGGUUCAAAGGUCAAUAAAAAACGUGCAGGCUGACGAGCCAGAACUGCUCUCCUCUGGACGCAUCAGACUUAUCGAGGGGGAUGGAAGGCAGGGAUUCCCAGACGGAGCGCCGUAUGAUGCGAUUCACGUUGGUGCAGCCGCACCUACUGUUCCUAAAGCUCUCCUGGAGCAGCUGAAGCCAGGCGGGCGGCUGGUUCUCCCAGUGGGUCCCGAUGGUGGAAGUCAGGUGUUAGAGCAGUAUGAUCGACAGAGUGACGGGACCUUCCUCAAGAAAACUUUGAUGGGAGUGGUUUACGUUCCCCUGACCGACAAGAGGUAUCAAUGGCCCAGAGGUGAGCUCUGACUGCAGUGUGGUUGCCCCUGCAGGAGAUGGCGUUGGUGCUGCGUCUCCGGGGCUCUGUAGCACUCCUCCAGGUUUCACCGAGCUCCAGAAUUAACGGCCAUCUGCCCCACUGCGUUGUCACCUAGCAACGAAGAAGGAGUACAUCCCUCUGUUCGCCUGACAAGGUUGUCUUCCAGGAGAGAUAAAAGAGCAUGCGACCACCGCUGGACUAAUGACCUUUCCACCAGGAUGCAUGGAGUCAGUUAGAGACUGGUUAGAGUAUCGCUGACGACAAAAAAGGUUUAAAUGAGUCAUUAUUAUUCAUGGUUAAGACAAUAAAGUUCCAAAUUGCAAGUACAGCAUAAUAAAGAGCUACAGUCUGUGUUCCACUGAGUUGAUAAUUGGUGUAUUCUCAUUUGCUUUGGCAUUAAUGCACUAACUCAUAAAGAUAAACCUUAAUACAAGCCUAGCGAUUUCAAAGCAAAUUAACAAAGUAAUAUAUAUUUUGUGAUAAGAACUAUUCAUAUAAUAUAUGAAUGUCCGGUUUGACAUUGUUGCUGUAGAACUGAGUGGGCGUUGUGCCAAACAUUGAUCAACUGAGGCACUUCACUUAAACUAUACAAACAUUGUAAUUAUGUGUACACUUAUCCGAUUUAUUAAUAAAACCUGCUAUAUGGAUAA